UGCUCUUCACACUUCACUCUUCCCAGGCCGCGCCGCCCCCAGCCGCCGCGAGAAGAUGAGCAGCCCCCGCCGCCGCCCCCGCUCCUCGGCGGCGGCGCCGCUGGACGACGACGACCUGCUCGCCGAGAUCCUCCUCCGCCUCCCCCCGCAGCCCUCAUCCCUCCCCCGCGCCUCCGCCGUCUGCAAGUUCUGGCGCAGCCUCGCCUCCGACCCCGGCUUCUCCCGCCGCUUCCGCGCGCACCACCGCAGAAACCCUCCCCUCCUCGGCUGCUUCGUCCAUGAUUUUUGCGAGGUUCGCUUCCAGCCUACCCUGGAGCCCCCCAAUCGCGUCCCGCAAUCCCGCUUCCCCUUCGCAAUCGCCGCUGGCGACCGCUUCCACAUCCUCGGAUGCCGCCAUGGCCUCGUACUCAUCUUCCACGACUCACAGAAGCAGCUCCUGGUGUGGGACCCAUUCACCGGCGACCAGCACCGCCUGGACAUUCCCCCGGGGUUCGCCGUGGAGAAAACCUGGAUCGGCGCGGCGGUGCUUCGUGCUCCCGGAGAUUUCCACCAUUUCCAGGUGGUCUUGGUAGGCAAUAGCGACAUUCAAAGUACACAAGCUGUAGCCUCUGUUUACUCGUCGGUGACCGCUGUAUGGGACAAUCUCGUCUCAACACCGCUUCCAUCAGAGGAUUCUGGUUUUCUCACCAUGGUUUACACGGGCAUGCCUGCUGUGAUGGUUGGGGGUUCCUUUUAUUGGUUGCUUUAUGGGAAUUCGCAAGAAAUCCUUGAAUUUGAUUUGGAUAAGCGGAGCCUGGCUUUAAUACCCAUGCCAGUGGGGAACACUCGAGACAUGGGCGAAGGCAAUAUUUGGGUUAUGCCGGCAGAGGGUGGUGGCCUUGGUUUCCUCUUCCUGAGAGGCUUUUGUGCCCAAUUAUGGAAGAGGAAGACCGAUUGCAAGGGUGUUUCUUCAUGGGUGCUGGGAAGAAGUAUUGAUCUCGACAAGUUACUUUCCUUGAAUUCAGAGAUGGAGAUAGGGUACCCAUCGAUACUAGGGUUUGCAGAGGACAAUAAUGUGGUGUUAUUGUGGACGUCUGUCGGCAUCUUCACGGUCCAGUUUGAAUCAUUGCAGUUCAAGAAACUUUUCGAAUCCCAUGACUGGUAUCGCUGUUGUCCAUUUGAAGGUGUCUAUACUGCAGACGGGGGCAAUGGUGGUGGACCCUCUGGAGCUAAACUUUUGUACAAUACAUAAUCUGAAUUGUCUGGAUAGACAUGCUAACGUGAUGAAAUGCUUGAGCAGGUAACAAGAGUUAAGUUUCGUUGUCAGAGACGAAGAAAAUGGAUUAGUUGAUGUAUGUUUUUCUACUCUCUACGCUGUGCAUGCGGCUUGUGAUGUGCUCCACAAGGGAAUUGACCUUCUAUUUAUCAUGCCCUGGUCAACUGUGAUGAUGUGCACUUGUAGGGAUUAAACAUGCCCUUCUAUUUAUCGCCGAGAUCCUCCUCCGUCUCAUAGGGCUCUUCUGCAUGCCUACGCUGGAGGCCCCCAAUCGUGUCCGCGCUUCUUCUCCUUGCAGUUUGACUAGCACAUGAUGUACGACGCCAGGGCAGAUUUAUUUUCCUUGAUGCCCACGGGUUUCAGCGCCCUAGCGGAAGAAGGUCCUGGUCUAGACCCCGUCAACGGCGACUAGCCUCCCCACGGGGUUCGAUUGGAAGAACACCUCAAUCAACGGGCGGCACUCCGCUCUGCUGCCGGAGACAUCCACCACUUCCAGGUGGUUUUGGUACGCAAAGACAAACAUCAUACAUGAGGUGGCUGCCUGCAUUUACUUGUCGGACGCCAAUUCCAUCUAAGGCUCAUACACAAAUACGCUCGGUGUUUUUUCUAUGUUGUACGUGGUGUUAGCUGUGGAUUUCCUUUAAUGUCUGGAAUUACCGAUUUUGAUUUCGGCGAUUUCGUCUUUCAUGGUUCUUUUUUUAUGCACCAGGCUUGUUCCAUUAUAAAUCAAGUGUCUCCAAAAACACUUGGCUUACAAUCUUGCAUCUUGAUUGGUCAAUGCAGGUCUUCCACGGAUUACGCGUCAUGACCGUUGGAUUUGCUUAGUCGGACGGCUGUGAGCACCUAUUAUAAGCUGAGUGCCGCCAAGAAAAAACACACUGCUUAUACCCUUGCAUUUUGAUUGGUCAAUAUAGGCCUCCCAUGGAUUACAAGUUAGAGCAAGUAUAGUAAGCUUAUGUAAGCAGGACAUGGAGGGGAAAGAAGAGGAGCCGGCUACAGAAUAAGAGCCGGCUGCAACACGUGCUCGUAGGCACUAUGUGAGAGUGAAAGGUGGGCCAUUUAUUAAUGAGGUAGCACAUCUUUGUAUCUUAUUAUUAUACUUGAAGGCUACAAGUUUUUUUUUUUUUUGAGAUAAGGCUACAAGGUUGGCUAUAGAUGACAAGGGAACGUCAUAUAGACAUCAGCUGGCUGUACUAUUAGGCUGGUCAUAGUGGGGAGUAACUUAGACUAGUGUCAUAUGCAUGCCACU